AUGUCCAAAGUAAAGGAGGUUCGAGGUAAACCCAAAUCUGGACGUGUUUGGAAAACUACCCGCACCAAGAGCCAUCUUGGUGUUGACGUUAUGUUUAAUACUGUGAACAUUCCAUUUAGCAGUAAAAGUCAUAAUUUUGUGCCCCAGUAUACUUUUUCGCUUACUAUGUAUGCCGAUCAUUACAGAUAUUCGUCAAUACGCAAAGAUACCGGUCUGAAGACAUCAUGGAAGAAGAAGAUGGAAUUGAAAGAGGAGCGAAAGAAACGUUGUGAGGAGGAGGCCCAUAGAAAAGAGGAACGAGCUCGUGUUAAAGAGGCUCGUCGCCUGGCCACGGAAGAGAAACAGCAACGGCGAAAAGAAAAUGAGCGUCGAGCAGAGGUUGUCGUUCCCAUUAAAAAUAUAGCCAAAAUAAAGAAAAUGAAAAGGAGCCAGUUGCGUUAUAUUGAGACGCGUCGUUCGAGAAGGUUUCUAUCUUUUGAAUCGGGUGGUGAUGAAAAUGGUAAUAAGGGUGCUGUUAAUGUAGAUAAAUUGGUUGAAUUUUUCAAACAAGCCGACGAGCAGGUUGCUAAAGAAGCUGCAGAAAAAGCAGCCCUGGAUGUUGAAGAUAAAUUAGCCAAAAAAUCCCGAGAAACUGUUAAACCUAUCGCAGAGACCCCCGCAUUACCUCUCGAAAAACAAGAAUUCCGGUCUUCAUCAACAUCUACUGAUCCAAGCUCAGAGUUAAUGUCCCGGGGCCAACAAAAGACGGACGAUGGUUUGAGACGCUUUAGCACCGCACCUCGUUUUGUUCCUUGGACAUCAAAUCGCCUUCUUAAGGAGUACAGAUUAUCGAGGUCUAAAGCCGUCUCCCAGUUAACAGCAAAGCCAAAGAGCUUUGCAACUCUCCUACGAGAUAGCACGUUCGUUCAGCUUGGAAAUUUCAAUCAACGAGAAGUAGUAGGAGUUGUUAUUGAGAAUGUGAAUGACUCAGAUCUUUACGUUGAUUUCGGAGGAAAGUUUUUGGCGGUUGUUUCACAGCCGGAGAAUUCUUUUUACCCUCGUGGAAGUCUGGUGAGAAUCCGUCUUCGUGAUCCUGAAAUGGCUAAUCGAUUUAUGGUGAAUACAAAGGCAAUUAGUUUGCUUGAAGCUGAUGCUACUUUGAUAGGACCCUACCGCGGACAACUCACUACGGAUCCUGAUGCUAGCUCGACUUCCUCCAGUUUGAAAUUAAAUAAAGAUGUCCUCUCUAUUGAACACUGGAAACUUUACCUUACUGUUGUGCCGUUGAAUUUUCUACUAUUGUUUUUUUUAGAAAUGACAGAUAGUAAAUCUGGCGAUAACGAUGAGUCGCGAGGAUUACCUCCAGGUUUCGAAGACGCUGUCUUACGUCCUAGUCAGCCGUUGCCCGAAGGUGUUGAUACUGCAGUUAGAGGCUUUGAUUUCAACGAAGGGAUCAAUUAUGAGUCUCUACUCACUUCCUACGCUAGUAUUGGCUUCCAAGCAACACAUUUUGCUCGGGCUGUAGACAUUCUUAAUGAAGUUAUUAAACGGAAGGAACAAAUGCCAAGCAGUGAAGAUAAUGGGCCGAGAGAACUAUUCGAGGAUAUGGGAAUUGGCGUUGCACGACGCUCUGGUUGUACAGUUUUUCUCGCAUAUACUUCCAAUAUGGUUUCUUCUGGUAUUCGCGAAAUUAUUCGCUUCCUUGUGCAACAUAAUUUGGUGGAUGUAUUGGUUACCUCCGCUGGUGGCGUUGAGGAGGAUUUUGUAAAGUGCAUGGCCCCCUUCUACAUUGGCGAUUUCUCACGUUGGACCGGUGCGCAACUUCGUCAACUAUCCAUCAACCGAACUGGCAAUCUUCUCGUACCAAAUGAUAACUACGUCAAGCUUGAGGCGUGGCUAAAUCCCAUCUUUGAUCAAAUGCUCGAGGAGCAGAACAAGGAUGCAAGUCCUAUAUUCCUAAUCUCUAUGAAAAUUGGUUUCAUUUCUAAUGUUAAUUGGACGCCAUCAAGGGUCAUUGAUCGUCUAGGGAAGGAGAUUGACAACCAAGAUUCAAUCUACUAUUGGUGUCACAAGAACGGUAUUCCAGUCUUCUGUCCUGGCAUAACUGACGGUGCUCUUGGAGAUGUCCUUUUUGCUCAUACUUACCGUUCUCCGCCAGGUCUGCGAGUAGACGUUGUGGAAGACGUUCGACGCAUUAACAACAUAGCAAUCUACUCUCAUGCCACUGCGGUAGUUGUACUAGGAGGAGGUAUCAUUAAGCACCAUACGCUAAAUGCCAAUCUUAUGCGGAAUGGAGCUGAUUAUGCGGUGUAUAUUAACACGGCCAGUGAAUACGACGGAUCGGACGCAGGUGCGAGGCCAGAUGAAGCUGUUUCGUGGGGGAAGCUGCGACACACUUCUGAACCUGUCAAAAUUCAUGGUGAUGCAUCACUCAUUUUCCCCCUUCUUGUUGCGAGGUCGUUUGCGAAGCACUUUCAUGCCAAUAAAAGCUCCUGA